AUUGGUUAAUAGCUAAUACUCGCCACGUUAUCACUGUCAAAUCAAAGUGAAGGAGGCGGGACGUGUUGGAAAACAUGUGGGUGGAGGGAAAAACACGCGGCAUCGUGGGUGACGUCACGGUCGCGGUCCUGUGUGGUCACCUGACCAAGCACGGUCACGUGAUCCUCUCUCCAUUCUCGCCAUUUUGAGCGCAGCGUGAGAAAAAAGUGGGAUACUUUUUUUUUUUUUUUUACUGCCUGAGAGUAAAACCUGCGAAUCACAAGAGCCGGGGGGCAAAGAUCACUCAGAGUUGCCGCAUCAGUAUGGAGGACAGCCGUAGUGUUGCCAUCCUAGUCCCUUGCUCCAGGGAUCAUCAGGAUGUCUUCAGCCCUGAUUCACACAUUCAUGAUGUUGAAGAAGAGCAGGAACAGCACAAGCAGGCUGCAGAUUCUCUCAUCCAAGUGAUUGAGAAGCUCAGUAAGAUAGUGGAAAAACGGCCUAGGCAAUGCACUCCCUCUGGGAAAAAGCGUCCUUCCAUGACCUGUGCCUCAGUUAUUGUGGCGGAUAGCAGAGAAGGCAGUGGAGGGGUUUCACCAUCCAAAAGAACCAGGGAGUAUGGAAAGGAGUGCCUGGAUCUCAGUUGUGUGUCAGUGCCCAUUACAGAGCAGGACCCGAUUAGCAGAAGUGCACGCAUGCUUACCUACUACCAGUGCAGUCUAUGCCGCUUCCUUUCUCCUACACUGAGUGCUUUGAAAGAGCACAUGAAGCAGCAUGAUGAGCAGCACAAUGACCUCAUUCUCAUGUGCUCGGAGUGUUGUUUUACCUCCACCCAUCAGGAGGAGCUAGAAGCGCAUAUCAGGCUCCACGUUGAGGAUGGCGACUGCACCAAGAGGUCCCCUGCAGAGCAGCAGACAGUAAAAGCAAAUCUUCAGGGUAGAAUGGGGUUCUCUACCAUGAAAUCUGAGACUGAAUCGGAGAAAAUGCCAGGAGCCCCUAAGAAGUGGUACAGCUAUGAGCGAGGUCGGUAUCACUGCCUGAUAUGCAGUUAUGAAUGCGGGCAGCAGCGCAAUUUGAAAACGCAUGCCUGGAAGCAUGCUGGUUUGGUGGACUGCUCAUAUCCCAUAUUCGAAGAUGAUGCUGACCAGCAUGAGGCUCACCCUUUGUAUACCCUGAGCAGCAACCCAUCCUCAGAGCAUUGUAAAAGGCAGGAGGCUAUUGUGGUUCUCGCACCUGUUGGAGAACAAGCUCAGGUUCUGCACAGUGCCCCAUCAAUUCAGUUGGAACUGUGUGCAUCAGCAAGUGUGAAAUGCGAGGGUGAUGUGCCUCAAAACCCUAUGCAGAAUGUUUUCACUGUUGAAGGAGCUCUGUCAGAGGAGCCCCCAGGAGAGGUUCAAGUGACUCCUGAGGCACAGAUGGAGCUGGAGUUGGAGACAGAAAAUCAGCAGAUUAACACUGACAGCUUGUUGUCUUCAGUACAAAAGAUCAUCAGCUCCAGUGGCAACACUGCCGGCCAUGUCAACGUCAUUGUGGAGAGGCUGCCCUGUACUGAAGAACCUGUAACCAGCAAGCCUCUGCUCCUCAGCCCAGAGGUGUCUGGAUACAAGACCCUAGCUUCCCAGGAAGUGGGAACUAAGAGUCAAUCUCACCCCAUGUACUGUGAGGAGCAAGUUCUCAUUGACUGGAAUGAUAGUGAUGAGCAUCAGGAAAUGGAAAGUCAAGAGUCAGAUCCACCUCCGGAUGAGAGUCUACCUCCAGCUCGAAGGAGGACGCACUCUGAGUGUUUGCGGUUGCAUUCCUUGGCAGCUGAAGCCCUUGUGGCUAUGCCAUUGAGAACGCCGGAGUUGAGCAAGUCCACUGUUAAGGGUACUUCGAGUGUGAUCUCUGACACUGGCCAGAAAAUACUUGAUUUGUCUGCUGCUUCUGCUUUAUCUAACACAAAGGCAUCUUCAGCAGAGCUGGUGGCUGGGAUGCCAGGGUCAGCUACCCUCUUGAACUUCAGCCAUGGUUCUAGGGAAGAAUUAAUCUUGGAAGGACCUUCAAAAGCUGGAAUCAGCACAUCUUUACUGACUGUCAUUGAACGGCUUCGAGAAAGGUCGGAUCAAAACGCCUCCGAUGAAGACAUUCUAAAGGAGCUACAGGACAAUCCACAGAUUCUGAAUGGCAGUAUGGCUACGGCAGAGGUGGGUGUGGCAGGUGAUUCUUCCUCUACAGAAGCCGAUCUGGUGGAGUACGUUGCUGGGAGUGACCGGCCCUACCGCUGCCGUCUGUGCCUUUACAGCAGUGGCAACAAGGGCUAUAUCAAGCAACACCUGCGUGUUCACAGGCAGAGGCAGCCUUACGAAUGCCCCAUCUGCGAGCACAUUGCCUCUGACAGCAUGGAUCUGGAGAACCAUAUGAUCCACCACCGCAAGAGCCACAUGUAUCAGUGCAAGUGCUGCAAUGAGAUUUUCCACUAUAAGAGUCAGCUGAGGAACCACGAGCGAGAACAACACGGGAUAAGUGAAACCGCAGUGGCCCUCACACCUGUUGGCGAAACCAAAGCGAGCAUGGACGAGUCCGAAAAGAUCUCUGAUGAGGAUUGUGUCAGCGAGAAAGUGUAUAAAUGUGACAUGUGUGACUAUACCAGCUCUACCUACGUUGGAGUGCGAAACCAUCGCAGGAUUCACAGUUCCGACAAGCCCUACAGGUGCUGCAGCUGCGACUUCGCCACCACUAACAUGAACAGCCUGAAGAGCCACAUGAAAAGACACCCCCAGGAGCAUCAGGCUGUGCAGCUGCUCGAGCAGUACAGGUGCUCCCUCUGCGGUUACGUGUGCAGCCAUCCUCCGUCCCUCAAGUCCCACAUGUGGAAACAUGCUGGGGAUAAGAACUAUAACUACGAACAAGUGAACAAAGCCAUCAACGAGGCCAUCUCUCAAAGCAGCCGGUCUCCAGUUGUGCCUUCAAAAUCAGGCCCAGAUCCCUCCAUAGACCGCUCAUACAUCGUCCUUAGCCAGAAGGAGAAGGCGUCGCCUCCUUCGGCCCCGAAAGCGCUGGAGGUGUCGGUGAGGAAAGGAGGCACCGGGCAUCCGCCAGCAGGUAUGGAGUACUGCAUGCUGCUCUUCUGCUGCUGCAUCUGUGGCUUUGAGUCCACCAGUAAAGAACAGCUGAUGGAGCACAUGAAGGAGCAUGACAUCUUCAGCAUCGUAUUGAGCAAGGAGCAGCAGGGAAGCCAGGCUUCUGAGGCCAGCUCAACACAGUGAGGAAAAUCAGUGUACACAUACAGUAAAUUUCUUAAAAUUAGAGCCAGUAACUUUUCUUUUUUUUUUUUUUUUUGCACUUUUUUUUUCUUUAGUGCUUUUGAUACACUGCUUUACAGAUACAGACACUCUGCACUCUUAUUGUAUCUCUUUUUUUUUCUUCCUCCCCUUUUCCUCUUUUUUUUCCCCUCUGUGUCAUUAAGGUUCAGGCAUAAUUCAGGAUUCGAACGUUUCCUCUGAAACGUUACCAGACUGAUUUUUAAAAUUAACCAAGGAAAUACUUAAUAUCAUAGGUGAAUAUUUUUGACUGAAUGGCAUUUCAUACCUCAUGAAGUCACUUUUCUACAUGGUAUAAAUGUACAGUAGAUUAUGGUUAAUCAUCCACAUGGCAGCUUCUCUACUUCACUGUAAUAUUAUUUAUCAGUAUUGUUUAUUGUAUGAGGUAUUGUCUUCAUGGUAAGGGAAGAAAGGAAAAGGUAUAGGUUUAAUUACCUUCUCGUUUGUCAAUUUUUGUGUUAAUAUUUAUCACGCUAAUUUAUAUCUUUGCAUGUACCCUUCCGUUAUGCUCACAGAAAGAGGGCGGAUUGUUGCAAAUCUGUUGUGUUUUUUUUUUUUUUGGUGCUAUCGACACUUUGUUCAGCACAUUUGGAGUGAACCAAGUAUCACUUCAGGAAUGUAUCUUAAACCUACAGAUAAGUCAGUGUGUGUUUAUCGGCUAGUACUGUUUAAAUACAUAGUCACAAGACAUUCUAAUGGUCACUGGUCCAAAAAAAUAAUAAUCAGGUAAUAAAAACUCCAUCCAAGACAAAUACUGCAGCAAAAACCAAGUAAAAUGUCAUACAUUAACUGCGGGGGAUUAUAGCACAAACAUUUAAAGACCUGUGCAUUGGAUAUGGUGAUAUAUUGUAACGUAAGUAACAUUUAUUAAAAGAUAUUUCCGUUUUCUUUCAUAGGACACCAUUGUCUUACUAGUAACAUAGCGUAAUGCUAAGUUCUUCCUUUUAUAUUUAAACAAAUACAGAAACUUGACUAUUUCCUUCUUUCUUUCUUUUUUUUUUAGUUUACAUUUAAAAGUUAUGAUGUGAUUUUUAUGAUUAAAAGGCCACAAAUGAUUAUUUUUAUGUAAAAUGUAUUCAUAGAACUUUUAAACAUUGAUGGCUACCUCUGGUCAAAAUGUUUCCAAAAACUUCAACUUUAAAAAAAAAAAAAAAAAAAAAAAAAAAAAAACAAUUAGUCUUAUAUACACACAUCAAGAGAUCAUUUACAUACUCUUAUUGAUUUCAUGUCAACAGCUAAGAAAAAUGAAAUCCAUAAAUUCAUGAGCUUUGACAUUGCAUUUGGGGAGAACAAUGUACCAAGCAAAGUAAGUAAUUUUAUGUAAGAAUAUCUCGAACACGGCGAAUUAUGAAUAUCUCAGCCUACUUUACAGACGGAAGAGCAUGCAUCAGGAAGAUAAUGGCUUAGUAUGCACAUGGAGCAUGCAAUCACUCGAGCUCAUUGUGCAUUUUAAUCACAGUAAUUUGACUUUAGCUGGGAUUCUCGGAAACCUUUUUAUUUUAACACUCAUACAUCCAGUCAAGCGAUGUAGAUGCAAUCAGAUGUUGAGUGUAUGCAUUCAGGAUGCAAUUUGCUCUUUUGCAGUUCUUGAUAAUAAUGGAACAGCUUAUUAAUCCGGAAAGACUGUAGGAGAAGAUGGAGGAAGCAAAGUAUAGCUAGUUUUGUAUUAUUUUUGGAACACACAUAAGCUUUGCAAUUAUUUGCGUAUUUAGCUUCAAUUCUGCACCCACUGAACUCGCAUACCUGCAAACAUACCAUGCAUCACGUAAGUGAUUUAUUUAUUUAUUUUUCCUGAAAUAUCUCUGAACAUGGGUGCUCAGUCAGUUAUGUGCCUUCCAUUUUUACUCCUGGUUAGUUCCCUUUUAAAUUGAAGCCAAAUGUUGCCCCAUAAAUGCUUGUGACUGAAUUAGGCCUUGAUUCUAAGAUUUUGUUCUCAUAAUUUCUGUAAUGUAUUGACACUUGGUACUGUAGUAUGGCUUUAUACAUCUAUGGCUGUGUAUAUACUGUACAAUUUGGCCUUUUUUAUUUUUAUUUAUUUUAUUUUUUUUAAAGAAUUUCUAUUUUUAAGGCAACUUGUAAACACACUACAGGAAAAAAAAAUAAUAUAGUUUUGCCUAGCCAAAGUAUAUAAACAGUUUUACUGUAAUCCUGGGUAAUGGAAAGCAUAUCAUCAUAAUGCUGCCAAAAUGAAGAGGACAGUAGACUUUAACAUUGUUAAUGCCUUUCAGCACUAUUUUUCAAGUUCAUAUUGUAAUGGUCGUGCAGGGCCAUAUUUCACAAACCUAGUGUUCUGUUCGAUUAUUUAUUUACACUUCAUAGACUGUAAAAUGUUAUGACUUGUAUUUUUUGGUAUUAAAAACUGAACAAUUACGUCAA